CAGCAGUUCCUGGCAAAACGACUCAGACCUUCGACAGUGAAAGUAUUUUUCAUUCGACCGAGUGCCGAGCGCCGAGUGCCGCAUUAUCAUUUCGCGUGCCGCGUUAUCGUGCUUUUCGUCUCAAAAUAAGUCUCCACAGUCAACCGUCGUGCAAGUUUCCCGGCAGCUUUCAAAUUCGUCUCGCGACAACGGUGGUGUACGAAGAGCGUUUUACAUGCCUUCCAAUGACAAUACUGAUGUUGGACCGAGGGAUCGUCGACCAACAGUAAUCGUCAUCGGCUGUCAACGAUCAGAGGAAAACGACGAGGACUUCUACCUUAAGAUACAGAUUACAAACAGGGUAUUCGUAUCGAAGUGGCCGUGAUAGUGAUGCACCGAACGGUUGAGACUUAAGGCGACCACGACCCCCUGUGUCGAAAACGGGGGACGGUCGAGUUACGUACGGAGAACGAGGUUCAUAGGGACAUAUAGAUAAAUUCUUGCACGGCGCCCGUCAACGCAGCAUGUAUAUCAAACUUCUGUACUCGGCGAUCGCACUGGUCGCGUGUACGUCGGCCCGUCCUCAGCAAUUGUCGCUGUCCCUGUUGCCGCCCGCCCAACAGGUUUUCGUACAACCGGCACAGCAGAACAAUGCCAUCGAACCUUCGAUCAACGCCAUCAAUAAGCCGACCAAUCCAAUUGUAGUGGCUGCGUUCCAGAGGGAGGCCCUGUUGCCGCCGCACAUGCAAAACUCGUUCUACAAGAACCCGAAGAUAGCCGAAACCUUAGCGCAGAACAGUUGGUUCGGUCCGGGCGAACAGCACGCCGUCAACAGGGAAACGGAAAAAAUCCCCAGAGAGAAAAUCUUUAUCAUCCUGAAAAACGCGGGACUCUUGCCCACGCCUUAAUGCGACCCGUUUGAACUCUAAGACAUUAUUUAGUAAUUUUUUUCGUUCACUAUUAUUGUCAUUAUUUUUACUGUUUAUUUUUAUAUUAAAUUAUAUAUAACGAUUUUCUCUUAAAUCGCAAACAACCAAUCGAUUGUAUCGUAUUGCGCGUGUACAUUGUAAAUAAAAGACCAACAUUGUAACAUCAUAUAAAUAUAAUUUCAUCAUAAUUGUUUCAAAUCAAAAGUAA